CUCUCUUUUCCCUCUUUUCUCUGUCCGAAAUUUCCCGAAUUCAAAGCCCUAAUUUCCAUAGCCGUUGCAAUGGGUCUGAAACUGUUCGAGGGUAGCGACUCAGAAAACGAGGACUUGUCGAAGAUCGAGAUCGACCACGAGUACGCCAGGAGGUUCGAGCACAACAAGAAGCGGGAGGACCUCCACCGCCUCCAGGAGCUCAAGAAGAAAGGCUACGUCGAAUCGUCCUCCGAAUCGUCCUCUUCUUCGGAUGAAGAAGACGAAGAUUUCGCCAAUUCCAGCGCGAGAGAUAGAGAAUUCUUUGAGGCGCUGAUCAAGGUGAAGAAGCAAGACCCUGUUAUUAAGAACAAAGAUCUGAAGCUAUUCGAAGAAGAUGAGAAGGAAAUGGAGGAUGGGAAGGGCACGAAGGAGAGGAAGAAGAAGGCCAUGUAUUUGAAGGAUGUGGUUGCCAAGCAAUUGAUAGAGGAGGGUCCGGAGUUUGAGGAUGAAGAAGGGGAAGAAGAGGGGGAGAGGAAGAAGAGCUAUGUGGAGGAGCAAGAGGCGAUAAAGAGGGAGUUACUGGAGGCGGUUGCGGCGGAGGAUGGAGAAGAGGGUGAUUUGUUCAAAGUGAAGGAGAAGAAUGAGGAGGAGGAGGAUGAGGAGAACGAGAGUGGUGAGAAUAGUGAGUUUGUGAGGAAGUUGGAUGAGUAUUUUGGUGGGGAUGCGGAAGUGGAUGAGGAUACCAAGUUUCUGAAGGAUUUUUUCAAGAAUAAGAUGUGGGAGGAGAAGGAAGAGGAGGGGUAUGAGAUUGAGGAGGAGGAGCUGGAGCAGUUGAGGGAGGACGAAGAGGAGAUUGAGAAGCAAGAGGAGUUCGAGUAUCGGUAUCAAGAGAAUGCGGGGGAUAGAGUGAUGGGUCAUGCUCGGAAAUUGGAGGGCACAGUGAGGAAGAAGACGAACGCGAGGAAAGAGCAGAGGAAGAGCAAAGAGGAGAGGAUGGAGGCGGCGAGGAUAGAGAGGGAGGAGGAGUUGAAACAUUUGAAGAAUUUGAAGAAGGAGGAGAUGGACGAGAAGGUGAGGAGGAUACUGAGGACGGCUGGGAUUAGGGAGGACGACGUUGUGCCAUUGAGUCGGAAGGAGUUGGAGGAGGAGUUCAAACCGGAGGAGUAUGAUAGGAUGAUGAAGAAGGCAUUUGGUGCGGAGUAUUAUGACGAGGAGGACGUGGACCCGGAGUUUGGGAGCAAUAGGGAUGAAGAUGAGGGUGACGUUGAGAAGCCAGAUUUUGAGAAGGAGGACGAGUUGCUUGGACUUUCGAAAGGUUGGGAUGAUGAGUCUGGAUCUGUUGACGGGUUUGUAGCUGCAAGGGAAAGGAUUUUGAAGCGUAAGAAGGAUAAUGGUGUUGGAAGUGACCAAGGAGAAGAAGAAGAAGACCAAGAAGAAGAAGAAGAAGAAGAAGAAGAAGAAAGUAAGCGGAAAAGGAAGCGCAAAAAGAGUGCCCUUUUGGAGAAAGCUAAAGAGGCGAUGAUGGACGAAUAUUAUAAGUUGGAUUAUGAGGAUACGAUUGGAGAGUUAAAGACAAGGUUCAAGUAUACAAAAACAAAACCUAACAGAUUUGGAUUAAAUCCUGCAGAGUUAUUGAUAAUGGAUGAAAAUGAGUUGAAUCAGUAUAUCUCUUUAAAAAAACUUGCUCCUUAUAGGGAGAAUGAGUGGAAGUUAAACGAUGCCAAGCGACAGAAACUAAAAGAGAGGACUAAAGAUCUUCUCCGGAGUGCACAAGCAGAUGACCAGAAGGAUGGUAAGAAGAAGAGGCGGAAGGAUAAUGCUGAAAAAUCUACGGAUGGUAAGAAGAAGAGGUGGAAGGAUAAGGCUGAAAAAUCUACUUCAUCAAGGACUGCUUUGGAAGAUGGUAAAGCAGAAUUCAAGGAAUUAAAUGGUGAUACGAGCAAUUUAUCCAGGAAGGCUAGGAGAAGACGAAAUCUAGCUGAAGUUAAACUAUCACACUCAAGGCUCAUGGCAUAUGGAAAGAUACCUUCUAAAUCUAGAAGUAAAGCAAAGCAUUGAGCAUCGGCAGUGAUUCAUCUGAGGCGAUAGGAACAUGAUUUGAUAAUAUUCAUAACAUGGAGGAUUGAUUAUACAUGAGCAAACAACAUGAAGAAUGGACCUAGUUUCGUUGUUGGGAUGGAGAAGUGAAUAAAAAAGGUUUAGAAACGCUGCCAAUUCUUUAUAGAUAGCAUGAGGUGCGAUGAUGGGUUUGUUUGCUUUUUGAUGAGUUAAUGAAUGGAAAGCAAAAUGGAAAUGCAGGUAUUUCAAGUGUGUUUCUAAUUUAGCUAUCUGUCUCUAAUUUUGAUCGAAUUGUUAUUGGUUGAUAUGUUGCUCUAGACUUUUGGGUUUUGAAGAGACAUAUUCUCAUAAUGUUUCAUUUAAUUUUUACCUUCACCCUAAAUACAUGCCAACCCAUUCAUCGCA